AUGGAUUUGACAUCAUCCUCAUCAACAACACGAUCGCUGGAUUUAGGUUGUUCUUCGCCGAAAAAAAUCAAUGAUAGCAGCAGCAGCAACAACAGAGACUUCAUUGAUCUAACGAAUCAUCAUCAUCCUCCUCCUCCACAAGACGAUUCUAAUAAUGAUAAUGGUGAUGAUGGAAUUAAGAGGGAAGAGAUCGUUGCUAGCUAUGAUUUCCAGCCUAUUCGCCCUAUCGCCGAUCCCACCGCGGCUAUAGUUUGGAACUCUCCCGCUGAUUCUAAGUCCAAUUCCACCCCCGCCUCUCCUCUAAGAAGUUAUGCUUCUCUGGACUCUAGGGAACCAGCGAAAGUCAUUAUGGACAAGGAUCAGAAUGCUUUUGAUGCUGCUGCGAUUAUGUCUGAAAUUGAUAGAACAAUGAAGAAGUAUUCUGAUAAUUUGCUGCAUGUUUUAGAAGGUGUUAGUGCGCGACUAACACAGUUGGAGAGCAGAACCCGCCACCUCGAGAAUUCUGUAGAUGAUUUGAAACUGUCUGUUGGGAACAAUCAUGAGAGGACUGAUGGGAGUAUGAGACAGCUCCACAACAUUCUUAGGGAGGUGCAAACAGGUGUACAGGGUUUAAAGGACAAGCAGGAAAUGCUGGAGGCUCAGCUGCAGCUUACUAAGCUUCAAGUGUCACAGGCAGAUCAGCAACAAUUGGAAACUCAAACAACUGGGCAAACGGAUGCAGUGCAGCAAGCAGCAUCUGCUCCUCAAUCUCACCAACUUCCUCCCCCCACUUUUCCACAUUCAGUCCCUUCUGUUCCUCUUCCUUCUUCUGCCUCUCCUACCAUUCCCCAGCAGAACCUGUCCCCUCCUGCUCCACUUCCAAAUCAGUUUCCACAGAACCAGAUUUCUCCCCUCCCUCAGCAAGAUCCUUACUAUUCUCCACCUGUUCAAACUCAAGAACCACCGAAUCCCCAAUAUUUGGUACCAUCAUCCCAGCAGCCAGAGUCUUCUCCUGCAGCACCACCACAUCAACCAUAUCAUGCACCUCAACCACAGUAUUCUCAGCCACCUCAUCCUCAUCAACCUCAGCCUCCACUCACUCACCAUCCUGAAGAGACUUGUUUCAUUCCCCCUCAAAGCUACCCACCUAGCCUUCUUCCGCCAUCCACUCAGCCACCAAGUGGGGCUCCUCCUCCACAGUCAUAUUAUGGAGCUCCUUCCAAUAUAUAUGAACCACCAACAAGUAGACCCAGUUCAGGGUUUUCCGCUGGAUACGGGCCACCUUCUGGGACUACUGAACCAUAUCCUUAUGGCGGAUCACCUACCCUGUAUGGUAGCAAACCCACAAUGAAACAGCAGCAACCUGUUGUGUCUCAGAGUGGUGGAAGUGGAUAUCCCCAGCUUCCAACUGCUCGGAUAUUACCACAGGCAUUGCCUACUGCUUCUGGGAUUGGUGGUGGGUCAGGUUCUUCUGGAACUGGGAACAGGGUUGCCCUUGAUGAUGUUAUUGACAAAGUGACAAGCAUGGGAUUUCCAAGGGAACUUGUUCGAGCCACAGUGCGAAAGCUGACAGAGAAUGGUCAGUCAGUUGACCUGAAUGUAGUGUUGGAUAAGCUUACGAAUGAUGGAGAAGUUCAGCCCCAGAGAGGAGGUUGGUUUGGCCGGUAG